AUGGAAACCGCCUCGACGACACCCAAUCCAACAAUAACAACAACAUGCUCCUCCUCCAACCAAAACAACAACAACCACCACCACGACGCAGAAACAACAACAGCAGCAGCAGCAGCAGCAGCACCAGAAAACCCCCAAGAACCGCACCCCGAACCACCACCACCACCACCACCACCACACAUCCUCCCCGGCCCCCGCGCAGCGCGCCUCCAAGAGCUCUACGCGCAGAGCCUCCGCCGCACGCUGGCCAAGCUCAAGUGGGAAAACUUCGCGGCGUGCUACCCGACGGUGGCGAGCAGGGCCGAGCCGGUGCUGCGGCAGGUCCAGGCGCAGAUGGUGGAGAAGCUGGGCGAAAAGUGCGAGAAAGAGUUUGAGAGCAUCCUCGUCGCGAGACAGGUCGUUUCUAAAUUAAACGACCUCGAGGCCCUCAUCAGCGAAGCGACGCAUAGGCGAAUCACUGCACCUCCCGACGCCCCCAAACCAACACCACCGCAUCUCCUCCCCGCACGCGAAAUCCUCUCCGCCCACCUCGCCCCCUCGCUCGCCUCCCACCAGUCACUGCUCAACGCCCGCCUGCAGACGGCGCAGUCCCACAACGCCAUCCUGUACGACCGGAUCCGCGCCCAGCGCGCCGACAUCGAGAGCCUGCUGGGCUUGCUCGAGGGCACCGUCGGGGACGUCAGGAGCGCCAACGAGGCCCUGGAGCCCGUCGUCGGGGUGUUGGCGCGCGAGGCGAUGGAUGCGGAGAGGGCGGUUUUGGAGGAGUGA